UUAUUGGUCAACAACUAGUAAAUUUGCUCACUUUUGUCAUUUUCACUACCCCCUCCCUGCACACCAAACUAAACCUAAAAAAGUUUAGUUCAGUCUCAGUUCUGUUUAUUAAAUAAAAAGUAACUUUAUUCAGUGGUUCUGUUACACUACCAAAAUAAAUAAAGAGUAUCUUUAUUCAGUGGUUCUGUUACACUACCAACCGAGACAUGAAUUGUUCAGAUAUUAUUAAAAGUACGAUGUCUUUAAAACAAAGAACUCACAAAAUACCCGGAGACAUACUCCCAUCUCUCAACAAAACAGAAGGUCAAGGCUAUAUUGACAGUUUAGAAAAGAAACAAAAGUUUCAAUUGGAAGAACUUUUAGAAAGGCAGAAUAAAAUUCUUGCCAAUAAGAAAUUUCUAUCAAAACUUCCUGACAAAGGAGAGAAAAUUAAAAGCUUUCGCGAUGAGAUAUUGAAAGAAAUAGAACAUAGGAAUGAGGUGGAAAAAGCAGCUAACUUAUUAUCAAGAUUAAAUAUUGCAUCCGAAGGCAAAACAGCUGUUACCAAAUUAGAAUGGACAGGAAAGUUUACCGAUAAGAAUGAUGACGAGACAAGCAAUGUUGUUGAAUUAGACAGUGAUAAUGAAGAUCCAUUGAGAAUAUUAGCUCAGCCUACAGGAAGUGGUGUUCACAAAAAAAAAAUCGUACACAUAGCAUCUGAGAGUCUUAUUAAACCAGAAGAUAUAGCAGAAAUAGAAUCUUUUAAAACAGAUUCUUCAAAUGUGGAGCAUGUAAAAUAUAUUAUAGACAAAGUAGAGAAUACAGAAGAAGUGAAAAAACCAAAGUCAUUUAAGCCAUACAAGACAACUAAAAGUGACGUGCAUGAUCCAGCAAAAGAGAAACAAAGAAAAUUGCCUAAAAAUUGGGAAGUCACAGCAGCUACUCCUCCUUUGAUAGUUCACGGAGCAGCAAAAGUUUUGAGUCUAACUGAAUCUCUACAAUUGCAGAAAGAACAAACUGAAAAAUUCUAUAAAAUUCAAGCAAAACACGCAAUAGAACGUCUAACCAAUCAAAUAUUACACAACAGUGGUUGUGUUAUACCACAAAAUGCGGAAAAUUACUGUUUACACCAACAUAUGAAUGGUUCAUCUUCAUCUUCCAAAAAUGAGGAAGAACAUGAAAUAUAUGACGAAGAAGAUAAUGAUAAGGAUAGAACAGUUGUGUAUAUUACUGAGUCUACAGAAAGUUAACACAGACUUAUAUAAUUAUUAUUAUUAUUUUGUACAUACGAACAUAUGAACAACUAAUGUAUUGGUGAGAAUACUAAUAAUAAUAAUAAUAAUA